AUGGCAAGUUUCAGCACCUCAAGAGCCAAGCUCAAGAAAGGCACACUUUUCCUUAACAUCUCCUUUGUCUUCCUCUCCUUGUUCUACCUUGCAACCUCAUAUUUUCCUGACCAAUCCAAUGAACCAGAUAUCACCGCAAACCAUUCUUUAGUGCUUCAAGAAGAUUUGACCAAAAGUGAUGGCUGCAGCGGAAUUCAUGACUACACAGAUUACAAAUCCAAGUGUAUGUAUAUCAAGUCUCAUAUUGGAUGCAGGUCUAAAGGGUAUAUAAACUAUCUUCAAAUCUUUUACUGUACUUGUGGCCAAUCUCCUAUACUUGGCCAUGUUAUCUUGUUAAUAUGGCUGGUCGUUCUAUUCUAUCUGUUAGGCAACACAGCAGCACAGUACUUCUGUCUCUCCUUAGAAAGCUUGUCCAAACUCUUAAAGCUUUCUCCAACUAUUGCUGGUGUCACACUUCUUUCACUUGGCAAUGGCGCUCCUGAUGUUUUUUCUAGUAUUGUUUCCUUCACUAGGUCUAGCGAUGGUGAUGUUGGCCUGAAUAGUAUUUUGGGCGGGGCUUUUUUCGUGUCUAGUGUGGUGGUUGGUGUUGUAAGUUUAGUAACAAGUCCUAAAAAAAUAUCUGUUGACAAGUCUAGCUUCAUCAGAGAUGUCUGCUUCUUUCUGUUCACUCUUUGUGCUCUUCUCUUUAUUAUUCUUGUAGGAAAAAUCUCCUUGUGGGGCGCCAUUUCUUUUCUUUCUAUCUACUUAGGUUACGUCUCUGUGGUUUGCGUCAUGCACUUUCAGUACAGGAAAAAGAAUCAUUCAACUGCAGAUGGCAAUCAGGAGGAUGUUUUGGAGAGGGGUGUACCGCUACUUGGUUAUGUUGAUGAUGAAAAACCAACUUUGGUGGACGAAACCACUGUUGACGGCCAGCAAAUUCCAUUGAUUUUUUGUAAUCUUGAUCCAUCGUUUUGUUAUUACUUGGGCAGGCUUCUGUAUGUUUUGGAGUUACCUCUGUACUUGCCAAGAAGAUUGACUAUACCUGUGGUCAGUGAGGAGAGAUGGUCAAGGCCAUUUGCAAUUAUUUCUGUGGCAUUGGCACCAAUUUUAUUGGCAGCACUAGGCAGCUCACAAAGGGAAAAGCAGUUCGGUUCCAAAAGCAGCCUAGUUACCUAUCUGAUAGCUGGAUUAAUUGGGAUUGUUCUUGGCAAUCUUGCAUAUGUGACAACGAAGAAGUAUGGUCCACCAAAGAAGGCCCUGUUCCCUUGGCUUGCUGGUGGAUUUUUUAUGAGUGUAACUUGGACAUAUAUUAUUGCCGAAGAACUGGUCUCUUUAUUGGUUUCACUAGGGUACAUACUUGGGAUUAACCCUUCAGUUCUUGGAUUAACUGUCCUGGCUUGGGGCAACUCGCUUGGAGAUUUGAUAGCUGAUGUUGCUAUGGCAAUGAACGGUGGGGCAGACGGGGCCCAAAUUGCAAUAUCAGGCUGCUAUGCUGGUCCCAUGUUCAAUACGUUGCUGGGUUUGGGAAUUUCGCUAAUCAUCUCAUCCGGCUCCAAAUAUCCCUCUUCAUUUGUCCUCCCUGAAGAUCCUUCUCUCUACGAGACUCUAGGGUUUUUGAUGGGAGGAUUGCUCUGGGCUCUUGUGAUUUUGCCGAGGAACAACAUGAGGUUAGAUAGGUCUCUUGGGGUUGGUCUCUUAGCUAUAUAUCUCUGCUUUCUGUCUCUGAGGCUGGCCAGGUCGGUCGGUCUCUUGAGACUUCAUGGGGUAUCUUAG